AUGAGUAAAUUGUCUAUAGCUGAAAAACAAAGUGCUGCUAGUGCAGAUAGAAAAGACAAAUUUGGAAAAAGACAGGAUUUAAUGUUUAUAUUGAAAAAUAAAAGUUUUGCUUAUGAACUUGUAUAUGGAGAAUUCUCAUGCUUGGCCCGUUCUGAGGGUAAAAAAGAAAAUGACGAUAUCAAGCCCUGGCAAGAAACUAAUGAUGGUAUGUUUUGGGCCCAUAAGAAGUAUAAACCGGCCAAAGGCGAUUUUGGAAUUAUUGGAUUACAAGUAGCUGAUACACCUUUGUAG